UGGACGUUGGCCGGCUUGGCAGGCCCUGGACAUGGCGGCGGCAGCGGCGGCGGCGGCGGAGCAGGAAGACCGCAGACCGAUCCGGAGGGUUCGUUCCAAGAGUGACACGCCUUACAUCAAUGAAGCGAGGAUCUCUUUGCACCUGGAGACAGCCGAAGAAGUCGAAAGGCUGGCGGCCAUGCGCUCGGAUUCACUGGUACCCGGCACGCACACGCCUCCGAUAAGGCGGCGGAGUAAAUUUGCCACCCUGGGGCGCCUCUUUAAACCCUGGAAAUGGAGGAAGAAGAAGAGUGAAAAGUUCAAGCAAACUUCUGCCGUGCUGGAGAGAAAAAUGUCUACAAGGCAGAGCAGAGAAGAGCUGAUCAAGAAAGGCGUCCUGAAGGAAGUUCUUGACAAAGACGGUUCGUCGUCGCUCGGCGAGGACGAGAAGCUUCAAAAUGGCCGCUCCCCGCUACUCGCGUGCAGCUCGUCACAAUCCGAAGGUGCUGAGCCCAUGGAAGGAGCAGCUGCAAGUGGAGGUUCACUCGAGUUUGAGAUCCCCGCUGAGAGUCAACAGGACCGCACCCAAAAACUGAACCAGGCUCCUCCCCCAAAAAAGCCUUCGGCGUAUCCGGGCGGCGGCGGUGGCGAUACGGAAUCAACGUUGCACAGACCUCCCACGUUACACAAGCAAGCUCCUGCGCUACCGCCCAAACCCUUGACCAGGAUCGCAAACCACAGCACAGGUACAUUUGCCUGCGUGACGAUUCCUCACUGAGGUCAGGCCUUUGCAAGCUCCCCCCCCCCCCCCCCCCCCCCCGUUUCUUUCAUCGAUUUCUUUCCAGAUGGCACCCCGGUAAAGUUGCCGUGCAUGUCGGGGAAGUUAUCUCCUCCUCUACCUCCGAAGAAGCUCAUGAUCUGCGUACCCGCAGGGAGCAGCGAACCCUUAUCGCCUCUGCUGGCCUUCCAGAAGUGCUCCGCCCCCGCGGGCGGCCACUCGCUGCAGUACGGAACGCUCGCCGUUCCGCUUCACCCGCCCAGCAGAAUCAUCGAGGAGCUGAACAAGACGCUGGCGCUUACCAUGCAGAGGUUUGAGAGUUCCGUGAUGCGCGCCGUUCCCGCCAUGAUGAUGGAAUGUGACGACAAGGAGAAUCUCCCCAAUGAGACGGACUACGAGGACCUGCCCGUUAUGUAUCGGGAUGAUGAUGAUGAUGAUGAUGAUGAUGAUGAAGAGGAGGAGGAAUUGGAAGAGGACGAAGAAGUGGAAGAGGAAGAGGAAGAGGAUGAUGAUGAAGCAUUAUUUACAAGCACACUGGCCCUGAAGGUGCUACGAAAGGACUCUUUAGCCAUUAAAAUCGGUAACCGGCCAUCAAAGAGGGAGCUGGAGGAGAAGAACAUUCUGCCGCUGCAGUCCGACCAGGAGAGAUUCGAGUCCCGACAGCAAACGGCAACCAAACUCACACGACGGUUGAGUCAACGGCCAACUGCCGAGGAACUGGAACAGCGGAAUAUCCUGAAACCUCGAAACGAUCUGGAGGAGCAGGAGAAGAGGGAGAUCAAGAGACAUUUAUCCAAAAAACUCAGCCAGAGGCCGACGGUGGAAGAGCUGAGAGAGGCCAAGAUCCUCAUUCGCUUCAGCGACUACGUGGAAGUCGCCGAGGCUCAGGACUACGACAGGAGAGCAGAUAAGCCCUGGACGAGACUCACGGCUGCUGACAAGGCUGCCAUUAGGAAAGAGCUGAACGAGUUCAAAAGCACAGAGAUGGAUGUGCACGAGUCCAGUCGCCACCUCACCAGGUUUCACAGGCCCUGAAGGCAAGCUGGCCCAGUUUGCUUUUCCUGCACAUGUGAGCGGCGAGCGGCUUUCUGCGGCACAGAACUCCUCUCCUGCCAUCUCCACCGACUCAGACCACCGCCCCCCCCCCCCCCCCCCACGUUACUUUGAACCUGGUUUCAGACCGACUCUUGAUUUUUUUUUUUUUAAUCAACCAACUUUGCACUUUUGUCAAGUCAAAUCUGUGCCAAUUUUGAUGAAUUUGAUCAAGACUGGGAAAAAAAAAAAACGAAUCGGACUCGAUGCGGAGAACCGAAUCCAGUUUGAGACUGAUUUGACAUGUUUUAUUUUAUACUGAAGAACACGUUGACGUCCAUCCAGCAAUGUCCCUUUUUUCUUUUGCAAUCCAGCAACAACAAUUCUACUCUCGGUGCGAAACUUGCACUACGUCGAGAAUUGCAAUCAUCAUGUUCCAUAUUCGAGCAGAAUGAAAUGAAGGGUUGCGUGCAAUGAGACUUUAAUACGACAUACAGGGGGAGGGGGUGGA